AUGCAGAUCAAGAACUCGAUGCUCUUGCUCACGGCGCUGGCCGCUGGCUCUGCCGUUGCCCGUGUGCACGGCCAUGAGCGCCGUCACCUUCACCAUGCCGGCCAGAAGCGUGCCGUCGGUGACACUAUCUACGCUAACAUUGAUGGCGUCUUGGUCUCCUGGGUCAACGAGUGGUCUGGCCAGGCUAAGACCGCCGCUGCUGCCGCUGCUCAGCCUACCGCCGCCAGCCUCGCUACCCACCCUGUCGUUGUUGACGUUCCUGCUGCUGCUACUUCCGCAGCUAGCUCCACUUCUUCCUCUUCUUCUUCUUCUUCCUCCUCCUCCUCUUCUUCUUCUCCCUCUGGCGGCUCAGCCACCUGGACCAACACCCCUGCUAAGGGCGAGUACUGCACCGAGGGCUUCGGUGGCAAAACCGAGGCCAGCGGCGAAGGUAUCUUCUACAAGGGCAACGUUGGUAUCCCAUGGGGAAGCAACAUCAUUGAGGUUUCCGCCGACAAGGCCCACAAGUACAAGCACGUCGCCGAGAUCGUCGGCAGCAACACCGAUCCCUGGACUGUUGUCUUCUGGAACAAGAUCGGCCCCGAUGGUGGUCUCAACGGCUGGUACGGCAACUCCGCUCUGACCAUCACUCUGCAGGCCGGCGAGAAGAAGUACGUUGCAUUCGACGAGAACUCCCAGGGUGGCUGGGGUGCCGCCAAGGGUACUUCCCUGCCCAAGGAUGCUUUCGGUGGAUACUCCUGCACCUGGGGUGAGUUCGACUUCGACAGCGGUAUCAACGGUGGCUGGUCCGGCUGGGACGUCUCUGCUAUUCAGGCCGAGAACGCCAAGCACGAGGUCCAGGGCAUGAAGAUCUGCACCCACACCGGCGAGCUUUGCUCUAUCAUCACCAAGGGUCUCACCAGCGUCGUUGAUGCUUACACCGCUGCCCUCGCUGCUGUCAACGGCAUCGGUGGCAAGGUUGUCCCCGGCCCUACUCGUCUGACCGUCAGCAUCGACUUCAGCGACUAA